CGCAAAAUCACAGCAUGGAAAGUCAAAAGGGGGCGGAAAUCCAAUACCGACAUUUCAUAAUUGCGCCUGACGGGAUCACGGUAUUUGCCGAGUAAGUCGUUGAACCUUCUCGACUGCACUAUUGAACAAGUACGACUCAGUGCUAAUGAACUCUCCCAUUUCUGCCUUGUCUCCACCUUGUCUUCGAAUGUUCCACAUAUAGGACGAGGCUUCACCAAGAUAAAAAUCUCUUCUUCGACUUCUCCUUCAGCGGGUGAUUCUUUGCCUCCAGUUGACAUUGUCAUUCGUAAUGUCAUUUAGGAUGAUGAGGCAACUCGUUCAUGGCAUGUAGGCUCAUGUGGCACUUGGAACUACCCUCAGAAUUCCGCAGUGCUCGCCUGUCCACGGCUUUGCAAAUUUACAGGCCGACGGCGCUGGUGGUAGCAAUCAAGGAAGCUGUGCGCAUCGCUUUUGACGUUUAGGUGCGUCCUUCAUUUUUACCGUUUGAGCGGGUUUCGAUCCUUCCCGAGGCUUCUCGAGAGAUGUCGAUAUGUUAUUUGACCUUCGCGGCGUUCUCCACAUACCUCCUAUCCAGUCUUUGGCGCAAGGAAACGCACUCCAUCUUCGCGUAGCGAUCUACGGCCUGCUCAUCCGGCAUGGCUGCGCUCGACCUCGGCCUCGCUAAACGCAGAGUGCCAACGUCAGCGCCCACCGCAUGAAGAACAAGGGUUAAACUUUUACGUUCUACUCCGCAAGGAUCGGGUGUCAGGUGCUUGAUGCAGUUAUAUAGCACGGGCGAGCCGAGCUCACACUCCACCCAAGCACGCUUCCAACCUUCUGCACCAUGGUCAACCUCCUCGCGCUCGGCCUCGCCACCCUGUUCCCCGCGCUUGUUUCGUGCACACGGGAACCCGUCCAGAUCUCGUCUUUGGCACAGGACGCGCCGAGCGUUGCGCGCUUCACAUCGGAGUCGAGCGGCCUCGACGCGCCGAUGGUGUCUUCGAUCAACGGGUCCAGCUUCGACUGGUGGUACUUCGAUGUCGUCUCGACCGAAGACGCGCAGCCCAAGUCAUCCGUCGUCGUCACGUUCUUCACGAGCUCGCAGGCGGCUUUCCCGCUGCUUGGGCCUGCGCCAAACGGGAAUGUGCUGCCGGUGUACCUUUGGGUGAACUACCCGGACGGCACCGAGCAGACAAUCAUCACCUAUGCAACGGGUGCUGCGGUCAGUGCAGAGGGGGAUCACGCGAACGGCGUCUGGGAGGGCACGGGCUUCAGUUUCACGGGGAUCGGCAAGGGCGGCAAAUAUGUCGUCGAGAUCGAUGCACCAGAGCUCGGUGUCAAGGGGUCCAUCUCGUUCCAGCCAAGAGCACCGGCGCAUUACCCCUGCGGCCCGGUCAAAGCUGGCCAGAAUCUGCAAGUUGGCCCGCACAUCGGCUGGUCCAAUGCGAUCCCGGAUGCCAAGUCGAAAGUUCAUCUCCUUGUAAACGGCACCACACUUGCAUUCACCGGGGCUGGAUACCACGACAAGAACUGGAGCGACCAGCCGUUUACGACUGAAGUUGCCUCUUGGUACUGGGGCCACGGGCAAGUCGGCGACUACUCUAUCGUCUGGUUCGACUUUCUCGACACUUCCGGCGCGGAAUUUGUCAGUGCCUACGCUUCGAGGCUCGGGAAAGUCGUUUCCGAAAGCUGCGUGCUCGGAAGCAUCUCGGUACGCCCUUCCGGCGCCAAUGCAACUUAUCCUCCGACGAUCUCAACACCCAAUCCCACUGGCUAUGCCAUCACGCUCCCCAUCAAGGGCGGGGACGUCCUGAAGGUGGAUGUGUCGGUCACACAGCAACUCAUCGGUGCCAACCCAUUGUACAUGCGCUCCGUAGGAACGAUGUCGGGUGUGGUGCACACCAAGCACGGAAAGAAGAAGGGGGGGGAUAUGUCUGGAAUUGCUCUUUUCGAGCAGUUCAAACUGACGCAAUAGUCGGCGGGACGCGAGUCACCCGAAUUGACUGAAUCUGUCACCUGCUCUGUGAAACGGUAAUACAUCGGUGGUUUGCGGCGAAUAGCCUUGUACUAAGUAUAUGUUGGCAGAAUCUGUGAUAUAUCAUCGUACUGUAAACAUCCCCAUUGCAAUUAAUGUACUCCUCUAUACCAUACUUACUCUUGAUAUCGUGUGCCUUCGCGUGAUCCUCCUAACAUGUUCUGUUCUGUCCCCC